CGAAAACGUUAGUAGUUAACGGUUCUCGUUAACUUUAUCGGCGUUAAACGGCUACGCGAACGCACGGUAACUCUUACUUGAACGAGUCCGGCGGAUUAAAUGGCAGUUUUAAAAACAUGGGCUGCGGUUAACGGCUAGUGAAGCUAGCGUUGUUUGCGCCUGCGACCGUUAAGUGACAUCUGAAGUGUUAGCUAAGUAGCUACAUGUAGGAAUAAACAGAAAAUCACGGUGACGUCGCGUUACCGAUAACUUUAUUCGCCCGAAACGGCCCAGAUUCACCGCCAGUCGGUUCGUGUGCGACUCUUGUUUUCAAGGGCUGCAGUCUGUUACUGGCGGUGAUGGACGGGGGAGCGCAGCUGGAUAGCCGCGAGCUUAACAUGGUGGCUAAUUCCGCAGCUCCCGGUAACGUGGGUCGAGAAGUUGGGCUCGCGCACCCGCCACACGGUAGCGACGCGCGGUCGCACACCGGCCCGCGUGCUCGCCAAUAAACGGACUGCAGGCCCCUUGGCCGUCGCGUGAGGGUUAAUGGCCUUUGUCGGCUGCACGCGCACGCUCGUGGUGGUGGGGCGCAGCUGUGGGGCUGUCACCUGUUGCCGGAGAUGAAAGGGGCUGUCAGGCUAAAAUAGCAGGUGGCGCUGGCUCCAAAGUCUCCAGCUGAGUGAGAGAGGCCAUUGUUUCAGGCUGAUCAGCUGUUGUCAACUAAAUUUAGUGACCUCCACAACAUCGUGGUAGAGUUUGAUUAUUGUCGUACUAGUAACAUAAACUACUUACUUACUAGCCUUAUCAUAUUGUGAUAGGGCGUGUUAUUAAAUGGAACUUAUUAAAUUGUGGUUAGUUGCCCAGAUUAGCAUGAGAUCUGGUCCAUGAGUUCCUUAAGAUGUUGUUUUCUUAGAAUGAUCACAAAUGCUCGUUGUGUGAUGUUAUUGUGCAGCUCAGUGGAAUUUAACUUCUGUCAAAGUAGGUCAGUGAUUGUGAAGCUAUAGUCACAGUGUGUGGCCUGUCUUGGACUGUCCUCAGCCGCUUUUCCGGGCAGUCAGCAGGCGAACAACGGACGGAAGUGUUUGUGAUUGGGCCUCCUUCUGUAGCCUUCAUUGUUCUUUAUGGUGCUCGCUGACAGAUAAAUGGACAAAAGGACAAAAAUAGUGGCGGCCGGACUGGAGGCGGACGUGUGUCGCUUUGGAGGAUGGAUUCUACCUGACCUCUAGAUGGAGCCUGCUGCCUAGCAAGAUGCCAGUAGUUCUAAGCAGAGAGACCUGAGAGCAGACACACAAUGAAAACACAAGUGGCACAUACGAGACUGUGGGGUUUCGUUUUUGUGUACAUGCCUGGAGAUGUUGAGAUGUGUCUGCUGUGCCUCACACGUCUAACAUUGUUAUUGGAGGCAGGAGCACAGGGUGAGACGGUGCUUGUUUGUGCACAAGUGAACUGGAUACGGGAGCUUUAGGAGCCCAUUUUUUGCUGACUGAUACAGCCUUUAAAUGAAUAAUCAGGAGGGCAGCUCCCAGUAGUCGAUAGCUUCUAGACUGGGGUUCCAUUACAGACACUUUGCAGGAUCAGAGCAGAGGUCAGUGGAAGACUGGAUACGUAGUGUCGAAACUUGUUUUCCAAUGCAUUACAAAUGCUUUCAUAUCUUUGCUUGUGAGUUCUGGUUAACUCUUCUAAACACACACAAACUAUUCUCACACUGAAUGUUCAUUUCUGUUUAGCAAAUGGCAACAAUUUGCUUUGUAAGUAUUUUUGGGCUGUUCUGAGAGUACCCCCAGCGUUAGCAAGCGGCUUAGACAAAGCGUUGGUUGUGUGUUCAUGUGCACUACCUCCCAAACAUUGAUUCUGUGUUUGUGCCUUUGAUGCAGGCGUGUAAUGUCAACUCGAUCGCUGAAGGAACAGGGAGCUUGAGUCUAAUGGAUUUAAUAUGAAACGGCUACAAAGUUGUGCUCUGUAGAAAGACUCCAUGCAAAUGAAUUUCUCUCUGUCAUCCGCCGUCGCUCCAUCCCUCCCUCUGAGUUAAUGGGGUUGUGCGGCUUGGCAAAAGAAAACUUUGGAUCUGUAUUGAAUAUGGAGGAGACUGAAAUACACACAUGCGGACAUGCACGUACAGACUGGUCCUGUUAGCUGCCCUCACAUUCUCUGGCAAAGCCAGUCUGCUCCAGUUUUAUAAUGAGGAGAUGGGGACUUUUGAAGCUAUGCCACUAUUAAACCAAAGAAGACACUAGAAAUCCGCAUGCGUAAACACACACCAAUCUGGUUUCCAUUCUCUUGAGAAAUUUACAGGAAACAAACCAAUAAAAUCGUUUAAAGCAUUUUGGAAUAAGCAAGGAAUUAAUGACAUUUUCAACAAACAAAUGGUUGUCAAUAAAGCUGUCAAUAGUACUGCACUGCUGUUUUCCCCUGUAAAAUGACCCUUCCUUUCCACUUACCUGUCUGCUAUUAAAACAUAUGAUCCUUAGGACUAGGAUUCUAACUGUUCAGGCAUUUAAUUUUUUUUAUUCUUAUACUCUAUCUAUUUAUCUGUUACUAUAUAUGUAUUACUAUGAUUUGGUACCAUUUCCUCACUGUCAUGUGCCAUUUUUGUUUUUCAAUGUCUCUGCCCUUUGUAUCUGUAUUCCCCUCCCUUUUUCAUUCACUUUCUCUCUCUCUCUCCCUCUCUCUCUCCUUCCCCUCCCCCUUCUCUGCCCCUCUGUCUCGCCUUUUGAAAGAGCUUGCUUCAGCAGUCUGCAGUCAGUGAGCAAUGCAUACCCUCACAUAUACUGGGCUCUACAGCGCCCAUCCAAGCUAAUCACAGGGUCUGUGUGUGUACGUUCUUGGCUGCAGCGCAGCAGCGAGGAUAUGUAGCUUCCUGUCUGCUGCUAGGCAGCCCAGGCUUAUUCUGCCGCAUGCCGCUUGCCACCACCAUUACGCAGAGGAAUUCCCUGCUGCCCCGGCUACCGCUGCUCACAGAGAGUGUGACUGUGGUCCACGGUGCAGAGGAGAGGAGGCGUACAGCCACGCAACAUUGACAGAUAGAGGGCAGAGUGGAAAUUCACCUUGGAUUUUACGGGAAGAUGUGUUUUUGUUUACAAGGAAAUCACUGGGUUUUUGGGAUUUAUUGCUGCCUUUCCUAAAAUUCCUGAUGUAUGCAGGAGGGACCGCUGCAUUUGUGCAUGUGUGAGAGAGUGAGUGGUUGAGCGAUUGCGCCGGUGUAUGUGAAUGUUUGUUCCUGAUGCGGUCAGAGCGGGCUAGCCGCGUUUGUAUCGUGGUGCUGGAGGAGGUGGAGGAGGAUGAGCCCUGUUCUUCACCCCCACCUCCUCGGCACAAACCAUCCCAUCAUGCCGCUCCAAGGGCUGCUAAUCAGGAGGACAAGCCAUCUCUGUUAAGAGCCAUCUUCAACGUAGACUCGGAUGAAGUUCGCUCUCUUAUAUUCAAGAAAGAGGAUGUCAACAUUCAGGACAAUGAAAAGCGAACACCUCUUCAUGCUGCGGCCUACCUGGGAGACGCAGAGAUUAUUGAACUGCUCAUUCUCUCAGGAGCCCGAGUUAAUGCCAAAGAUAACAAGUGGUUGACUCCUCUUCAUCGAGCUGUCGCCUCUUGUAGUGAGGAUGCAGUGGCAGUGUUGCUGAAGCACAGUGCAGAUGUUAACGCGCGGGACAAGAACUGGCAGACGCCGCUCCAUGUAGCAGCUAGCAACAAAGCAGUACGCUGUGCUGAGGCACUGGUACCACUGCUAAGUAACGUCAAUGUGUCUGACCGGGCGGGACGCACUGCCCUACACCAUGCAGCCUUUAGUGGACAUGUCGAGAUGGUGAAAUUGCUGCUGUCAAGAGGUGCAAACAUAAAUGCGUUUGACAAGAAGGACAGGAGAGCUAUUCACUGGGCAGCGUACAUGGGUCAUUUAGAGGUGGUGAAAGUACUGGUGGCCAGUGGAGCAGAGGUUGAUUGCAAGGACAAGAAGGCCUACACCCCCCUCCAUGCAGCUGCCUCCAGUGGCAUGAGCAGCACGGUGAACUAUCUGCUAAGCCUGGGAGUACAUGUAAAUGAGGUGAAUGCGUAUGGCAACACCCCGCUCCAUUUGGCUUGCUACAACGGACAGGAUGUGGUGGUCAGUGACCUCAUCCAGGCAGGGGCAAAUGUCAACCAGGUGAACGAGAGGGGGUUUUCUGCCCUGCACUUUGGCUCCUCGUCACGUCAGGGAGCACUUUGCCAGGAGCUGCUGUUGGCCCAUGGAGCGCACAUAAAUAUGCGGAGUAAAGAUGGUAAGACCCCUCUUCACAUGGCAGCUACUCACGGAAGGUUCUCCUGCUCUCAGGCCCUCAUUCAGAAUGGAGCUGAUGUCGAUUGUGAGGAUAAGAGCAGAAAUGCUGCCCUUCAUAUCGCAGCCCGCUACGGCCACGAGCUCAUCAUCACAGCACUCAUCAAGCAUGGAGCCGACACUGCUCACAGAGGCAUUCAUGGGAUGUUCCCCCUCCACCUGGCAGCUCUCAGCGGCUUCUCAGAUUGCUGCAGGAAGCUGCUGUCCUCAGGGUUUGACAUAGACACCCCAGAUGACUUUGGAAGAACCUGUCUACACGCUGCUGCAGCUGGAGGUGUCUCUUUAACCAGGAACAUGGAGUGUCUGAACCUGCUUUUAAAUAUUGGAGCAGACUUUAACCGACAAGACAACUUUGGAAGAACUCCGUUACACUACGCGUCAGCAAACUGUAACUACCAGUGUGUGUUUGCCUUGGUGGGCUCGGGCUCAAGCAUCAAUGAGCUGGACCAGAGAGGCUGCAGUCCUCUGCACUAUGCUGCUGCCGCCGACACAGAUGGAAAGUGUGUAGAGUUCAUGUUGAGGAACAAUGCUGAUCCUGGGGUGAGAGACAAGCAGGGAUACAGUGCAGUGCAUUAUGCUUCAGCAUACGGACGCACACUCUGUCUGGAGCUGAUGGCAAGUGAGACACCCUUUGAUGUGUUAUUGGAGACGUCAGGAACAGAAAUGCUGAGUGGAUCAGAGACGCAUGCCCCCAUUAGUCCUCUCCAUCUGGCAGCUUACCAUGGACACUGUGGGGCAUUAGAGGUCCUUCUGUCAUCUCUGCUGGAUGUGGAUGUUCGUAGCCCAGAGGGCUGGACCCCUCUUAGUCUGGCUUGUGCCAGUGGUCAUCAGGAGUGUGUCUCCCUACUACUGCAUCACAGUGCUUCACCUAUGAACCGAGACUACACACACAAGAGGACAGCCAUACACGCUGCAGCUAUGAAUGGCCACCCAGAGUGCCUGCGCCUACUCAUGAGCAGCAACACGCAACACAUUGACGUGGAUGUUCAAGACACCAACGGACAGACUCCUCUGAUGUUGGCUGUCCUGAAUGGACACACAGAGUGUGUGUUCUCCCUGCUGAGUCAAGGUGCCAGCGUAGAAAAACAGGACCGCUGGGGAAGGUCUGCGCUCCACCGAGGGGCAGUGACAGGCCAGGAGGAGUGUGUGGAGGCUCUUCUACAAAGGGGGGCUAGUGUUUAUGUAAGAGACGUCGGGGGUCGCUCCCCUCUUCACCUGGCAUCUGCCUGCGGCCGUGUGGGUGUGCUGGGGGCCUUGCUGCAGGCCAGCAGCGCCUCACACAUGGACACACACCUCACAGAUAACCAGGGCUACACACCACUGCACUGGGCCUGCUAUAAUGGAUACGAUGCAUGUGUGGAAGUGUUGCUAGACCAGGAGACAUUCAGAAAGAUCAAGGGCAACUCUUUCAGUCCUCUCCACUGUGCUGUUAUGACCGAUAACGAGGGAGUUGCUGAGAUGUUAAUUGACUCACUGGGCACAUCCAUUGUCAACAUCACUGACUCCAAGGGCAGGACCCCCCUUCACGCUGCAGCUUUUUCUGACCAUGUGGAGUGUCUUUCUCUCCUCCUGAGCCACGGAGCACAGGUGAACAUGAUCGAUGCACAUAUACACAGAACGCCGCUGAUGAUGGCAGCUCUAAAUGGGCAGACAAAUGCUGUGGAGGUGUUGGUGAGUAGUGCUAAAGCAGACCUGGCUCUACAGGACACAGACAGGAACACGGCACUACAUUUAGCUUGCAGCAAGGGUCAUGAAACGAGUGCCUUGUUGAUUCUGGAGAAGAUCAGUAACAGGAACCUCAUCAACUGCACCAAUGCUGCUCUGCAGACGCCCUUGCACGUAGCAGCCAGGCAGGGUCUAACAGUAGUAGUUCAGGAGCUACUGGUGAAAGGUGCCAGUGUUUUAGCAGUGGAUGAGAAUGGUUACACUCCAGCUUUGGCCUGUGCUCCUAACCGUGAUGUCGCCGACUGCCUGGCCCUCAUCCUAAACUCCAUGAUGCCAACGUCCCCUAUGGUCACCAUAGCAGCUUUACCUCCACUUUCUCUCACUCAGACCGUCAUCAACCACAACCCCACCUCCAAGCACAUCUCUAAAGGUGUGGCUUUUGGCGCCCCGCCCCCUCUGAGGCCCGAUCACGCUUCGUACUGCAGACCAGAGCGCCCACUGUCUUCUGUGUCUGCGGAUGAUGAACUGAAUGACUCAGACUCAGAGACGUACUAAGGAAUCCUGAACAGACACACAAUACUGGCAGACUAGCCAGCCACUUAGGAGCCUUAAUAAAUCACUGAGGAGGAAAAAGAACCGGACUAUGUAUGUAAGCCUCCCCAAAACACUACAUUAGAAAAAAUGGUUUGUUCAGACACAUGGAAGAAAACAAACUAAUACAGAAUGUAGAGAAAACACUACAGCCUCACUAUGAUCAGUAUUUUUAAAUAGAAACAGACAUUUUUCAACUUUUAAAUGAACCUCCGUCUCUCUUACCUCCUGGAGUGGUUUUAAGUCUUUUCUUUUCGGCACGAUUAUCUAAAGAAACAAACUGAUGGACAAUCUCAUGGGACCAGGUGAACAAUUGUUUUCUCUACUGUGCUUCAGAGUUUUUAAUUAGACUUUUUCAGCAUUGAUCUUGGCAGACACUUAGUGGCUGUCGCUCACGCACAUUGGUAAUUCUGCAUUGUUUUUGAACCACUUUUGGAUCUGAGAGAAAAUCAAUCUAUCAAUCAAUCCAAGUGGACUAAACCCUUAGGAGCCUAGUUUGACAGCAGGUGGAUGUAAGACCAAAUUUACCGUAUGGCAGGUUCAAGAGACAGUUUAUAAUGGCAGCCUAUAAAAACCUUAACUUGCAGUGCUGUAACUACUUAAUAUCUAGAGACAACAGUGUCAAGGAGACUGAGAGAAACAGACAAAUGUCUUUAGUUGCAAAAGACUUUCAGGUGGAAUGAUACUUGAUGCAAUGUUUGUAAAAAUUAAUAAUGGAUAAAUAAAUAAGCAUUCUUAUUGAUUAAUUGUA